UGUCCUCACCAUAAAAACACUCUACUCUCUCAGUGCAUCGGUGUGACUGGAUAGCGUACAGAGAGCCGCAGAAAAAAAAGACAGCUACUUGGAGCCCCUCGUGGAGAUCGGUUGGUGUUUAGUAAAGCGCAAGUUGCCGCCUUAUUAUUGUGACUCACUUUUGUAACAUCGUGAACAGAAGAGACUUGAAAUGAAGGGACACGCCUGUGUGAUUCUCUUGAUGUGCCUCAGCUGUGUAUGCGCGACGGCACUUCAAGUAAACAGGGGAGAUGAACCAGAAGCCGUGCCAGCUCAGAGGGGUACUGAAGAGCUUACCCGCGACUACCCACCGCCCAAAGAAGUGGACUUGCAGACGCUUCAAGAACGUGACGCCGAUGACGAAAGUCUGGUCAAGUACAAGGAAGCUCUACUGGGUAGCACUGCAGAUGUUUUAGAUGAAGGCGGACAAAAUGUACUAUUGAAGGCCUUGGUAUUUGCUCCAGUAGACCACGAGGAAACUGUUCUGGAUCUGACAGGUGAUCUUUCUCAAUUCAAGCAUAACCCAUUUGUGGUUAAGGAAGGCGCCGAGUACAGGAUUAAACUCAUAUUCAGGGUCCAACGUGAGGGUGUCUCUGGACUGCGGUAUUUUGAAGCUGUUUACAGAAAAGGCAUCAGAGUGGACAAGGCCAAUUUUAUGGUUGGGAGUUACAGACCCAAAACGGAGGAGCACAUCUUCCAGAGUCCCGUGGAUGAGUUACCCGCGGGUUUGUUAGGCCGUGGUGACUAUAUUGUCAAGAGUAAAUUCACAGACGAUGACAAGAAUAUCUACUUGGAGUGGGAGUGGAGUUUCUCCGUUAAGAGAGAUUGGGAAUAAGAUUAUAGUGAUGAUUUCCUACAAAGGAAAUUGGUCUACUGGAAGUGCGGUUUACUUGUAGAUGAUGCUGUUGGUGUUUGAAGGGGUACAUCAUGAAUGUGAAAUUCUUAAUUAAAUUUAUGUUAUCAUGGUUCAGCAAGUAUAGGGAUUAUGUUAGUUAAAUGUAUGCCACAACAUAUACAAUGAAUAUGUAAUUGAUUUUUUUCCCAAAGUGGCACUUUUUUUUUGAAGGAAUUAAUUGUGGCAUUAGUCAUCAGCAUUGCCAAUGAUGACUUUUUUUUAGUCUCUCAGAAAAAGGAACUGCAUGUUUCCCCCCCCCAAAAAAAAUGUGUACAUGUAUAUGGAUGCCAUCAUCUAUGUACAGAACAAAACAAAUGACGUAUACUUGUUUUGUAUGAACAUUGCCUUUUCUCAUUUUAUCAGAGCAACUUGUACAACUCUUUCAUUUUGUGGAAGUCUAUAAAACAACGCAUUUAUUAGGAAAUACAUUUUGAUGAUGCUAUUUGUUGUAAUCGCUUAUUAAGUUACUUUUGGGAAUAAAUGAUACAUGUUAGUUGUAUAGCAGGCUUUAUUUUAUCUUUGCAGCCUGCCUCAGGCUGUAAUUAGACUAUUUUGCCAUAGAUAUAGAUAUUUUCUGUUGUUAUAUUUUAAUUAUUAAAGGUUUGGUUUAAUAUAUGGUUUUGCUUUAGGUGCAUAAUAUGAUGUUAUAUUUCCGCAAUGAUGUAUGGCUUGUUUGCCAUAGUAGUGAUCUGGUGUCUUCUAUGUUGUCAUCUAAUUCAUGGAGAUUUUGACCAAGCGCUUUGGGAACCUGGUAACAUAAAGCCACCAGUAUUACAACAGUUGCAUGCCUACCACCCGGCAAGCUUUUUUUGUCAGCACUAGAAUGUAGUUUCUUUAAUGAAAGCAUGGAAUACAUUACCUCAUCAAAUAACGAUCAGCCCAUGUUGGCAUAAAUAU